AUGACAUCACGUCAGUCUUCACUGGCUCAUGCUCGAGCCGAUGGGAAUCCGGAGCAUGUGCAAAAUUUUGAGAGUCAACUGCAAGACACGAAUUUCGAAGAGCAUAGCACACAGAGCGAGAUGCUUCUGGAUGUCCCCGCACAACAGAAAGAUGCCCAUCGACUCCUGCCAGACUCUCAAGACCAACAACAUGAAGGAGAGGACGGCAGGUACCCCAAUCGAAACCUUAUACCACGGCAAAUACGUGACAUCGUUCGUCUCUUCCAAUGCCGUCAAUGCUCGAAGCCGCUCAAGAAUGCCGUAACUCUCCCUUGCGGUCGAAGUAUAUGCAGAGCAUGCGUUCCUGCAACCCACCUCCGAACCAGCAUCACAUAUCCCGCCAUUCCUGAUCGACUUCGGGGCUUCGGGUGCCCUUUUGUCGAUUGUUCCAAGGAGCAUGUCCUGAGUGAUUGCAGCUUCGAUGUGGUUCUCAACAAGGUUAGCCAGCUCAUGGAAGAUGAAAUUUGUCGCGCUCAGCAAGCUGCCGCCCAUGCAAGCAUUUCAACUAUUAUACGGCUUCGAGACGCAUGGGACGUUGCUGGCCUACCCUCGAUGAAUGAUAAUCACCAUGAUGCCCGAAAUAUGCCAGGUGGCCGGCUGGUGGCGACAUGGUGCUUGGCCGCAGAAGGCCAUUUGUCGGCCGACGCUGAAGUCACCUAUUACCAGGACAAUCCUCCGGAGAGGUCUCAGGAUGAUAUCUCAGAUUUCGACGUCAAGGCUUUAAAUCGCCUGCAAAGUAUCACUCGCAACGAGGUAGACUGCCAGGUGUGCUAUGCAUUGUUUCACGACCCGUUCACAACGGGCUGUGGGCACACGUUUUGUCGCUCAUGUCUACAUCGGACAUUGGAUCAUUCGCAUCGAUGUCCCGUUUGCCGUUGCACACUUGCCAUCAACCCUCUACUAAAUUCCGGUCUGUGCCCAUCGAAUGAGUCCAUCACUCGGCUUAUUGAGCUGUUUUGGCCCGAUGAGAAGGCGGCUCGGGACCAGGAUGUCGCGUCAGAUAUCGCUGCGCAGCACCAAGAUCUUGACUUGCCAUUGUUUGUCUGCACGCUUGCAUUUCCAUCUAUGCCUACCUUCCUCCACAUUUUCGAGCCUAGGUACCGAUUGAUGGUUCGGCGGGCAUUAGAGGGAAACAGGACAUUCGGCAUGGUCUUGCCAAAACGUUCCCGAAGCCCAGACGACGCCCAUUUUUACGAACUAGGCACACUCUUGCGAAUCGUCAACGCUGAGUUCUAUUCCGACGGCCGGAGUUUGAUUGAAACAGUCGGUCUGACCAGAUUCAAGGUUUUGCGGCAUGGAGAACUAGAUGGGUACACAGUUGCAAAGACGGAACGUCUCGACGACAUGUCCCUCGAGGAGGAGGAAGCUAUCGAAGCUGCUGAAGCUGCUGCAGCUGCUGCAGCGGCUGGGAGUUCUGAUGCCAGCGUUUUCAACAGUGAUUCCGCCACCGAUGCGGACAAUUCUGUACUUGAGAACUUGGACGGGACCAAGCCAGAGACCGGGCUACCAGGCGGCCCCCAAAUCCCGACGACGACUUCAGAUCUGCAAGCCAUGUCGACGCAAAAUCUAAUGAGUUAUGCCACAGCUUUCGUGGCACGCAUGCGUGGACAAAGUGUUCCAUGGUUGACAGCCCGUAUGUUCGGCAUAUAUGGAGAGUGCCCAAGCGACCCAGCCGUCUUCCCAUGGUGGUUUGCCAGCAUGCUACCGGUAAAGGAUCUCGAAAAAUAUCGAUUGUUGGGUACAUAUAGUGUUCGUGAACGACUCAAGAUCUGUUGUAGUUGGAUUUUGGAGUGGGAAACGACAAGAUGGUAA